AUGUUAUGUCAAUUUUUGAACUUUUGUAAUUUUUUUAAAGAGUAAUUUCGAUUAGUUGAUUCAGAAAACCUAGAUUUUCGGUUCGUUUUUAUUUUUCAUUUUAAAUAGAACUUAUGUUAAAAUCUAAUAAUAUUAUAAGGACUUUCUCAUCAAUAAUAUCUCAUUGUCCUAGUAAUAACCAAUUCAUUAAAGUCAAAUCCUUCAAAAAUAGUGUCCGAAAUAUGUCUUCUGGAAAUAAAAUACCUCUCGUUGACAUAGAUCCAACAGGCGUGUUUAAAUAUAUACUAUUGAAUGUUUACGACAAAAAGAAAGAUGAAGCAAAACCACAGAUGGUAAUUUUGAGAGGCUACAAACGGUGUAAUUAUCAUUCUGAUAUUUAUGAUGAAGUCCAGGCAAAACUUUCACCACUUGAUUGUGAACCAUUAGGCGGAGGAAGAAUAUCUCAUGAUCCUGACAGCAAAAAAAUUCAUAUUUAUGGUUAUUCACAAGGUUAUGGUAAAGCGGACCACGAAGUAGCAGCAAAACUGAUCAAAGAUGCUUAUCCUGGAUACACUAUAACAAUCAGUGAUGAAGGGUACUGAAUUAUUUUAAAAAGUGUUGUCACUAAUAUUUAUUUAUCUUGAUUGUUUGAUAAGAAAAUACCUAAAUGUUUAAAACAGCUUUUUUACAUUUUUAAUAUAUUAUUUUUUGAAUUGCAGUGAACAAGUUUGCGUUUGUGAAACCUAACGAAAAUUAUACAAUAAAUAUUGCAUGUUAAAAUUA